GGCGGCGGCGGCGCCCCAUGAGCCGGCGGAGCGCCACGGGCGAGGCAGCUAGUCGGGGCCGGGGGCUGUUCUGAACCCCGGGGGGCGGGGAGGGGGAGAGCGCCCAGCACGGGACCAUGUACCGGGACCCGGAGACAGCCGGCGGCCCAGGGGCACCCUCCCGGGACGUCCUGCUAGUGUCCGCCAUCAUCACCAUCAGCCUUAGCGUCACCAUCGUCCUGUGUGGGAUCUGUCAGUGGUGUCAGCGCAAAUUGGGCAAACGCUACAAGAAUUCCCUAGAGACCGUGGGCACCCCAGACUCUGGGCGUGGGCGCAGUGAGAAGAAGGCUAUCAAUGAUGUAGACAGAGAAUUUUGGAAUAACAAUGAGAGCACAGUGCAGCAGAAAUGGAGCUCCUACCCUCCCAAGGAGUUUAUCCUAAACAUUUCACCCUACGCCCCUUAUGGUGAUCCACGCCUGUCCCUCAAUGGCACCCUCCUGGCAGGCGCCAGAGUGGCCGCCGCGGCGGGGCUGGCGGUGGAACGGGAAGGCCGGCCAGGGGAGAAGCAGGCGCCGCCUCCGCCGCUGCCCACAGAGGACGCCAUGAGGAGCAGCGUGUCUGCCCACAGCGAGCCCGGCAACGGGAAGGCGGGGAGAGGCCGAUGGCACACGGUGCAGAGCCACCUCGCCACAGGGAAGCUCAGCCGGUCCAAUUUCGAGGAUUCCACCUUGUCCACGGCCACUACUCUAGAGUAUAUCCCCAGCUCGGCGGGGGACCCGAAAUGCCAGCGACCCCGCACCCUGCUCCGGCAGCAGAGCCUCCAGCAGCCACUGAGUCAGCACCAGAGGGGCCGGCAGCCCAGCCAGCCUACCACCAGCCAGAGCCUGGGGCAGCUCCAGGCCCACACGGGCCCGGCCCCGGCUGCCGCCAACCCCCGAGCUCAUGGCCGGGGCCAGGCCCGCCAGGGCGCCGCGGCCGGUUCCAAGUACCGGGCGGCAGCCGGGGGCCGCGGCCGCGCCAACCCAGGCAGCUGGGACCACGUUGUGGGGCAGAUUCGAAACCGAGGCUUGGACAUGAAGUCCUUCCUGGAAGGCCGGAUGGUGGUGCUAUCCUUGGUCUUAGGGCUCUCGGAACAGGAUGACUUUGCCAAUAUCCCUGACCUGCAAAAUCCAGGACCUCAACAGAACCAGAGCGCUCAGGGGGACAAGAGGUUGCCAGCAGGCGGGAAGGCGGUGAAUACGGCCCCCGUCCCGGGUCAAACCCCUCACGAUGAGUCCGACCGGCGCACGGAACCACGGUCUUCUGUAUCGGACCUUGUCAACUCCCUCACCAGCGAGAUGCUCAUGCUGUCCCCGGGCUCGGAGGACGACGAAGCCCACGAAGGCUGCAGCCAGGAGAACCUGGGCCGGAUCCAGUUCAGCGUGGGCUACAACUUCCAAGAGUCCACCCUCACCGUGAAGAUCAUGAAAGCCCAGGAGCUGCCAGCCAAGGACUUCAGCGGCACCAGCGACCCCUUCGUCAAGAUCUACCUGCUCCCCGACAAGAAGCACAAGCUGGAGACCAAGGUCAAGAGGAAGAACCUGAACCCCCACUGGAACGAGACCUUCCUCUUUGAAGGCUUCCCCUAUGAGAAGGUGGUACAGCGGGUGCUGUAUCUCCAGGUCCUGGACUACGACCGCUUCAGUCGGAACGACCCCAUUGGGGAGGUGUCCAUCCCUCUCAACAAAGUGGACCUGACCCAGAUGCAGACAUUCUGGAAGGAGCUGAAGCCAUGUAGCGACGGGAGCGGAAGUCGAGGGGAGCUGCUCCUGUCCCUGUGCUAUAACCCCUCUGCCAACUCCAUCAUCGUGAAUAUCAUCAAAGCACGGAACCUCAAAGCCAUGGACAUCGGGGGCACAUCCGACCCCUACGUGAAGGUGUGGUUGAUGUACAAGGACAAGCGAGUGGAGAAGAAGAAGACAGUGACCAUGAAGAGAAACCUGAACCCCGUCUUCAACGAGUCCUUCAUCUUUGACAUCCCCACAGAGAAGCUUCGGGAGACGACGAUCAUCAUCACUGUCAUGGACAAGGAUAAGCUCAGCCGGAAUGAUGUCAUCGGCAAGAUCUAUCUGUCCUGGAAGAGCGGUCCUGGGGAGGUGAAGCAUUGGAAGGACAUGAUUGCCCGUCCUCGGCAGCCCGUGGCUCAGUGGCACCAACUGAAGGCCUGAGUGGGGCCUGGGGAGGCCCGGGGGUGGGGCUGUGGGCCCGUGGUUUGGGGGUCACGCCUUCACACUUUAUGCACAACGCCCUGGGCGUGGCUCCCCCAUCGGGUGGGGGGAAGGACCCCUGCGGGCUCAGCCAGGGAGGGGGCCCAGGACUCAGUAUGGCCAUGUUUCUAGGAAGCGCCAGCCCCCCCCAUUUCGGGGGUCUUUGGGAGCCAUUUUCCUGCUUGCCCCUUUUCUUCAGCUCGCCGACACUAAAGAAACAGGAGGGGGGAGAGAGGUAGAGAGCGAGAGAGACGGUUGGACGGAGACGGCCGGACGGCGGGGGCGAGAUCCUCCAGAGGCCCCACGGCGGGCCGGACCGCUCGCCACUUUCUUUAAGGCGGCCUCUGGAGCCCGCCCCGCUCAGCGAGGGCACGCGGCGGCCGUGGCGAUUGGCCAGGCCCUCCUCCCUCCGGGGGUGUUUAUUUUGAGCCGUCCGGGGCCCCGUGUGCCAAGGCGGGAUGAAUAGUCCGGCUUCGAGCCGAGGGCCCGUGUACAUGUGCUGUGUUCGACCUGUGCGUGUGCGUGUGCGCGUGCGUGAACGUGCGGGGGGCCGUCGGGCUCCGGACUGCUCGGGGCGCUGGGCCCCAGGUUGCGCGGAGGGGCGGGGUUUGGGAAAGGAGGAGGGCGCAGAGAGACAAGAAGGAUCCUGGGGAAAGAGGGAGGGAACGAGCGGGGUCCUUAGGGCGGACAGCUUCAGAGGGAGAAGGGAGCAGGGACAGCCUUUCUGUACAGUUCCCCCCGUAUCUAGAAUUUAGAGCUGGAAGGAGCCUUGGAAGCCACUUUUUCCAGACCCCUCAUUUUUCACAUAAGGAAACGGCUCCCAGACUGCCCGGAGCCCUGAGUAGCAGAGCCCGGAAGCUCGGGCCUUCGAUUCCCAGUCUCGUUCCCGCUUAGACUGGACCUUCACGCUGGUUUUGGAACAAGGACAUUGCGCUUUCCUGUUCCCAUGUCUGCCUUCCAUUCACGGAGACCAGGGUACGGCGUCCGAUUUCUCUGGGCUUUUCCGAGCGGUUUCUGGCGCUCCCCACCGCGGAACGGGGCUUCCCGCUGGCUCCCCUUCCCUCCUAAAACACCAAGUAUGAAAUCCUGUGUGUAUGAAAACUACUUAGUCCUUGUGGUAUUUUUUUUUAGUAUAAAAUAGGCGUAGGAUUGUAGGAGUUAGAGUUCCAAGGGCCCUUGAGGGCCCUCUAGUCCAACCCUCUCAUUUCUGAAACAGGGAAACGGGCCUAGAGGAGGAGGGCCGAGGUCACUGAGCCAAGGGGACAGCAGGAGCAAGGGCAGAGCUGAGCUACGCCCCCCGACCAUCCCGCCCCGCCCCCCCUACGGCACACCGCCCCUCUCCUGUUUGCGUCUGUAGGGCCCUGCCCCCAGCCCCACCUCCUCCCCAGAGAACCCAGAGCAAUGGUGAGCAGAACAUGACCAGCUCCACGUGAGCUAAGUCUCCGAGGCCCUUCCAGGAAAUAGCCAAUCACGCAGAGGGCCGGCUCCCUUGCCGGGUGACCCCGUUGCUGAGAAUUUUUAAGUAGGCCAGUCCCAGCCAGUGCUCCAUCCUGGAGCCUCCGUGUGGCUCGUGGUCCUCCCUUUCCCGCUAAGUGGUUCCAUGUUGUUCCCCCCCCCCCCACUUCCACUGCCUUCAUUCUCACUCGGAAAAGAACUCCCUCUAGCCCUGUCAAGCCUUUGCCGUUCUCCCCCGUUCUUUCAGACCUUCCAUUCCUCCUUUCCGGGCCGACUCCUCACCUCCCUCCCAUAUUCAGAGUCGAAGGUAACCUUAGACAGAGGCUCCCGGAGCUGACAGGGAAGGGCCUUAGAACACCAAGGGCCCCAAGACCUUCGAACGUGGCCCAUGAGAACGUGCAGGGGCCCUUGGAACUUGGGAGAUUUUCAGACCUGGGAGAACAUUUCAAAGGGAAAAAUUUCAGACCUAAAAGGGACCUUGGAACACAGAAUGCUGGGAGACACCUUGGAAGGCCGAAUCUCCCAGCUGGAAGGGACGUUAGAAUAGAGAUGGUCGGGACAUCAAAUGAGAAAGCCAGACGGGACUUAGAACAGAGCUGGAAAAGACUUUUGACAUCUUAUAGAAGCUAGAAGGGAAUCCAGAACACGGAACGUCAGAGUUGGAGUGGCGGGGGUUGUCUCAGGAUAUAAAGCAUAGGAGGUCAGACCUAGGAAUGAUUUUUUUAGGGUCUAGAAAAUGCAGUGUCAGAUAUUAGAUCAUAAAAGGUCAGAGCUAGAAGGGUCCUGAGAGCAUAAAAGUGGCCCUAGAAGGUCCAAGCUAGAACCUCAGAGACUGGCUUGUCCACACCUGCAAUCUCCCAGAUUCUUCUCUCACUCCCUGCCUGCCCAGCAGCUCCAUUAAGCUCUGCUAACCCAGAGGACCCCCCCCAUUCUACUAGGAUCAUCCCCUCCCCCUCCUGUGAAUAGGAGUUGGAGUGACCAUCGAUUUACCCCCAAAGUGCUUCUGAGCACCUGAUAGACCAGCAAAAGAGGCUUGAGGAGGUUACGUCCCCUCUCAUUCUGUUCUCCCUCUGUUCCUUCUCUUGCCCAAAGAAAUGGGACGGAACCCCUGGAGUUCCCCUGAGACCAUGAGGAGACAAAGCUUGGGCCCUGCUGGCUCCCGUAGAGUUGGUGCCUUCUGGGUGAUCCCAGCAGAGCUUCCCCAACCCAGGAGUGGGAUUUGGUGGCCACAAACCCAGUCCCCUGGGAGCAGGUGUAGACGUGCAGUUCCCAACCCUGGCCACCAGAUGGCAAAUAGACAUCAUGGUCUGGCGGGCUCUUGUAGAAAAGUUGACCUGGGAGGGAGGACGUGUUUGGGGUGGGGAAGAGAAGAGGGCGAAAGGGAACCCCAGGAAAGGCUGAGGGUGACCCCCAGGUCCAAAGGGACCAGGGGUCUAGGAGGCUGGAGGUUUGCUCUCUGCUUAGAGUACAGAUUGCUCCUGCUGCAGACCCAGAGGGAGGGCAGGACAGAGGUGGUCAGAACUGGAAGAUCUCAGAGCCUAGAAUGGUGCAUGCAGAGGGAGCCCCUGAGCAGUGUCUUGCUUGCCCAUGGGGACACCUGAAUUAGAGAGAGAGAAGGACUCUGACCCCAGUUCCCCGGGCGCCAUUCCCACAUAUCCUUGCCUGGCUUGCCGGCUCGGCUUUCCAUCCCAGAUAAUUCGUCCCAGGAGCUCUGAAGCCCAGCCUGGCUAAGGGCUUAACUGCCCUCUCUCAUCAUCCCCCUGUGUCAUUUUGGGCAAAUCCCUUGAUUCCCAGAAAAUUACAGGGACUGGGGGAGAUGACCAAGGUCCUUUCCAGUGGUUGAUCUAGAAUUCUGUCACCCCAAGAAGGAAAAAACUGGGCUCCUCGGCUCUGGAUUCCUUAUCUGUUCUUUCAUAAGCCUACCCUGUGACCUUGGCAGGUCACUUCAUCACUGUUUCCUCAUUGGCUAAGUGAGGGCUGGAAGGGGUCACUUAGAUCCUUUCAGAUCUAAAUUCUAUGAUCCAAUAAAAGGCAGUCUCGGGUUUGUGUGGAGGGGAGCAAUGAAACUGAGUAGGUGAAGAAAGCAGGGGGGAGAGUGGGGGAGGAAGCUCAGAGAGGGCCAAGAGAAUGGAGCUGGAUCAAUACAGAGCCUCAGUUUCCUUCUCUGUAAUUGGAUCAGACCCCCUCGAGGCCUCUGCUGGUUCUAAAUCCUGACGGUGGAAGCUUGGGAGUCUGCUUUGGGGAAGAAGGAGAAAGGAACAGGAAGGAUUAAUAGGCUCUGAGGGUGUCUCAUGUGUCUCUCCCUUCUCCCCCCUCCUCGUGGGCCAGCCAGCAAGCCCCCAACUUUGCCAUUCUUAGCUAGUGAUUCCCAGCUGGGGUCAGACCAAAUCGUAUUAGAGCUGCCAGAGCCGAGCAUCUUUGGGUUCUCGGCCGGUGCGGUUCUUAGCCAAUCACAUGCGGAGACGCUCUCCAGGUGGUGUCUUUUGUUGUUGUCGAAAGGGGGACUGGUGGGCUCAGGUACACAUCAGGGAUGGGGACCCCCGGCUUCCUCUACCUCCUCCUCCCAUAUCCUUUCCCCCUUACCUUAAAUCAUUGGUUAGAUUGUUGACGCUUCCUGUCCCCGUGAAAUGUCCACUUCAUGCCAUUGCAGCUGAGGGAGGGAGGGAAGAAGGAACAGUUAAGGAGACAGUGUAGAGAGGGAAGCCCAUCCUGGGACUUUAUUGAGACUGAAGCGUGGGUACUUGAUGCACAUCCUCAGACCUCAGGUAGGAAAGCCUAGUGGGGUCAGAGGUAGAUGUGAGAAAACCCAGGAGAAGCAGGGAGAGCAGAGGUAGCCCCACCAUCACCCAGAGACCCCAUCUCCAUUUGAUGGUAGUAAUUAAUGCUUCACUUACCUCACAGGAGAGGUUAGAUGGUGUCCAGGGGUGCCCCCAAUGCCCUUGGAUUCUGGAGGGGCUAGCCAAGGGCAAAGUGUUACCGUGCCCUUUGCCCUCCCCAGCGCUAGGAUGGCUGAGGCUGUCCUCCCCGCCCCAGUGUCCCGCGUCCUCCAGUCCCCAUCCGGGUGUGAGCCUCGUGUGUAUUCUCUUUGGGGGAUGCUAGAGCUCUCAGCUAUGACCUUUUUCAGGUAUGUCUUUUUUCUUGUGACUAUCCUCCUGUAACUGCUGUACAGAAUUCUCCCACCCAACCCCCCCCAGCCCUUCACCCAGCAGUGCACCCGAGGGAGGGGACGGGAGAGACAGCAGCCUAAAGGCUGGGGCGCAGGGGUGGGGACCCUGCCGUUUCCAUUCUGUUGAGUCCUCUUCCAGCAAGUGUUUUAUAAAAAAAGAAAAAAAGAAAAAAUUCACCACCACAAAACAAAAACAAACAAACAAAACCAAACCACAAACCUCAACGUUCUCAGCGAAGAGAAAGGAAGAAAAACUAAGGGGAAAAAAAACCAUAAAAACGUUUCCACCAACACCCUCUAAGCCAGCGAGAUUUCCUCUUUGCAGAUUCAUAUUUUUGUGGGAAUGGCCCCUGCUUUUUGUGGAGUGGGGCCAUUCUGGUUAAUAAAGGAUAGUGAAAAAGCA